AAUGCAGGGAAAGGCAUGGAAAGGGGGGAAGAAGAAAGGGAGAGAGAGAGCCUAGUCUUGUGGUGCACAAGCCACAACCCGAGCCUGGUGACGUCCCAGCCAUCGACUGCAUCGCAGCCAGCCAGCCUUCAGCUCCACCCAGCUCUCAAACAGGCUGCGAAUCUCGAAUCUCCACCACCACCACCACCAUCACAACCAGCUCUUGCACUAGCAAUCCUUAGCAGCACCAGUGUGGUGGUGACCAUCGUCGUCGUCGUCGACGUUGUUGUUGUUGUUGUCCAGGGGUUGGUUAUGGCGGGACGUCUCAUGGCCCUCGCCUGUGCCCGCCCCUCUGCAUUGCCUUGUGCCUCACCCCCCACAACCCCAGGCAUCACCUCCCAGCACUGCUCGCAAUCUCUUCCCGGGAUAGCCAUUCGACGUCCUCGUUUGGGCUUAGGGAAGCAAUUCGAGUCUGACUAUGGGCUAUGCGGCAACCAAUUGAAGAGGUCGCAGCCCGUGAAUGCCAUUUUCGGUUCAGACACAAACUCAUCUGCAAGUGCAAGCGACAAUGAUGACGAUCUCCCUCCGGCUGGUUGCAGUCGAAUUAAACUGGAACUCAAGAAGCCUCUAGGCAUUGCCUUCGAGGAAGAUAAAUUCGGCAACGUGAUGGUGGGGGAAGUCAUCGAAGGUGGAAACGCAUACAAGUCAGGAUUGGUGGACGCUGGAGACCAGCUCAUCGCCACGAGCGCCAUAGUCUACUCAUCCGAGGAUGAGUAUCAAGGUGUGGUCGUCAGAAAGGGUAUGCAGAAGGUGCGGCUCAACGUACGCGGGGAGAGAUUCGAGACGGUGAUUGCAGCAAUCGGCACCCAUCCGUAUUACAUUCCGGUGGCGCUGGAGUUCCAGAAAUGCAAGCCUGUGGUGGCAGAAUCUGCAAAUGGGUCUGCAACGAGCUGAACAACGCAGCUAUGAAGCCUGAUGCCAUGGUUGCUGAGAUGAGAGCCACCUCAGCUUACAGCACCACUUGUGUUUCAUACCCUCCAAGAACUCCCUCGCCUUCUGCUUUUUGUCUGUUGUUUUGCACAUCCACAGGUGGGAGUUGCUAUGGCUUUUGCAUCUCUUCCAUUUCUAUGCAAAGUUGUAAUGAAUCCAGUAAUGUUUCGGUUCAUGAAUUUCGGCUAACCUUGCUUUUCACUAGCUUGUAGUUUUUAUGGACAUUGCAGCAUGUAGACACUGGGUUUGUUGCCAUGAGAAGCAUGAGCAUCUUUGUACUCUAAACUAGCUGAACCCGUGCAGUUGUCACGGAAUCUUGAAAAUCUGAUUAGUCGCAUAACACAUGUGACUAUAUUACCUAGUUCAA